AUGAACAAGAAGAAGCUGUUUCUUUCUGUCGACAGGCGCCGCCGGGUUGUCCUCGGAGCACAUUCCCAGCUUUCCGAGUCAAUCCCUCGGUUCGUUGGGGGCCUCGCUCGCCUGGCCGUGGCUGGACCCUGGUUUGGAAGACGUCGUACUGGAUUGUCUCGCGCCGUCGGUUUUCUCGUCGUCUCGGUUUUCGUUGGGCAGGUUGUUCAGGAGAAGGUCGCCCAUCCGGACGAGGUCCAGGACGUGGAACGCGUCGCCCGUCGCUCGCAGUCGGUGGAGAAUCUCGAGAGCCUCCGACUCGGGCCGGGAACAGAGAUAUCGGAUCAGCUCGUGAAGGUCCUCGUUCUCCCUCUCAAGGUCCUCGGUCCUGUUCAGAAGGGCCUGGCGGCGUGUCGUCUCGGGUUCCGUGUCCCAUUCGCAGUCCAUCCCGUGGGUAGAACAUCGAUGGCAAGUCGGCCGGGUCCCGGUACACUAAAGGGGUGGGUAAAAGACAACAAUAUCAGUUCGAUAGCCCUCAAGAGGUUCUAG